AAACUGACGAUCAUUCUAGAUCGGUUCGUACUCCAAGGAACUACUCGUCAAGAUGGUUUGCAAACUGGUGCUGAUUUCGAUGCUGGUCUGCCUAGUGGCCGCCGACGUGAGUGAGCUGCACCGUAGACAACCGUCCAAGACGAUCCAGCAGCAGCGCAGACUGGCCCGUCCGGUUCCCCAGCGCAAGCUGCAAGUCCGCAACGCUGACCCCGAGCUGGAAUCCCAGAUUUUCGACACCGUGUACGUGGAGGAUCCGGUGGCGCUUCCGGUGCUGGUUGAAAAUCUGGACUCGGACAGUCCAACCGCCUUCCAGCUGACGGCCGACCAUGCCGACUUCCAGGCCCCGUACCACUACGAAAAGCCUACGGUUGAGAACGACUACGUCGAGCCGGAGCAGCCAACCGAUGACUAUCUGCCGCCGCAUCCCGUCAAGCGACUGGUCAAGUACCGAUUGCGGGCGUAAGGUGGACUGAUCGGGUGGGACUAUUGGUAUCCCGGCAGAGGAGGGCAACAAAAUGUUGGCAACUAAGCAAAAGAAUCUUUGAGAUUUUUAAA